AUGUCUAUCUUCAAGAUGAUGUUGAUCUACUUCGCCAUCUUAUGGGUUGUUAAUGCAGCCCAGCUACUUGAUAUCGACCCCCAAGGCGUCAUCCCAGGCGCGUACAUCGUUGUCAUGAAGGACCGUGUCUCUUCUCUUGAAUUUUCCUCUCAUGUCCGCUGGCUGAAGAGAACUCAUCGUCGAAACCUGGCCAAGCGUGCUAUUCCCUUUACUGAAGGUCUCAGUGCCACCUGGGACAUUGCUGGAUGGCAGGCCUAUAGCGGUAGCUUUGACGAAGACACCGUCCAGGAGAUCCUCAACCACGAGAACGUCGAGUUCGUUGAGCCAAACAAAGAGAUGCAAGUUGCCUCUACUAUCAAGCAAGGAAAUGUCACUUGGGGGCUUUCCCGUAUCUCUCACAAGGAGAACUCCAGCCAUGACUACGUGUCUACCUAUGGAGAGGGCGAGAAUAUUACCUUCUACGGGAUUGACAGUGGUAUUGACAUCAAUCAAGCUGACUUCACUGGCCGUGCCCGCUGGGGUAUCAAUCUCGCUGACCAUGUAGAUACCGACUGUAACGGCCACGGGACUCAUACUGCAGGCACUGUUGCAGGCCAGAAGUUUGGUAUACUCAAGAAAGCGUCCAUCGUUUCCAUCAAGAUUCUUGACUGCUAUGGCUAUGGUGAUAUAACCAGAUACAUCAACGGACUCAACUGGGCUAUCAACGAUGCCAAAGAACGCGGCCUCCUUGGCAAGUCUGUCAUGAAUAUAAGCCUCAAAACAGGACGCUCUAGAGCUGUGAACGAGGCUACAGUACGUGCACAGGAAGCGGGGAUUUUUAUCGCUGUUGCUGCUGGUAACCAAGCUACGAGCGCCGAGUUCUAUUCACCUGGCUCAGCCCCUGAAGUCUGUACGGUGGGUGCAAGUACCAGAAAUGACACCAAAGCAAUCUUUUCCAACUACGGAGAACUCGUCGAUCUGUUCGCGCCUAGAGAGUACAUCCGCUCCACCUUACCCCAUAAUCUCACCGGACUCAUGUCUGGAACUUCGAUGGCAACUCCUCAUGUCUGCGGCGUUGGUGGACUUAUCAUGGCUACUGAAGGUCUUGCUCCUGAGAAAGUUUGUGACCGUCUCAAAGAGCUUGCCAAUCCAACUAUCCAGAACCCUGGAUUCAAUACCACCAACAAGCUUCUUUACAACGGCAGCGGGGCAUAA